AUGUAUCAGGCGCAAAAUGUUUACUUCAUUUGCGGCUUCGCCGCCAUUGGCGGUGGUCUCUUCGGCUUCGAUAUCAGCUCCAUGAGUGGUGUCCUCGGGACCGAGGCCUACAAGCGCUACUUCGGCAACCCUGUGUCGUACGCUCAGGGCGGUAUCACCGCUUCCAUGCCUGCCGGUUCCCUCGCCGGCUCUCUUGUCUCGUCUUUCAUCGCCGACAAGUACUCCCGUAAGGUCGCCCUCCAGUUCUCCUGCAUCCUCUGGAUCAUUGGUGCCAUUCUGCAAUGCGCUUCUGUCAACGUUGGCAUGCUUUGCGUCGGCCGUGUCAUUGCCGGCAUGUGUGUCGGUAUCGCCUCCUCCAUCGUCCCUGUUUACCAGUCCGAGAUAGCCCCCAAGGAGAUUCGCGGCCGCGUCGUCUCGCUCCAGCAGUGGGCCAUUACUUGGGGUAUCCUGAUCCAGUACUUCAUUCAGUAUGGCGCCGCCUCGGGCAUCGGAGGCGGCCCUACCGACCCCAACCAGCCGACCGCUGCUUUCCGUAUCCCUUGGGGUGUGCAGAUGGUUCCCGCCGUCGUCCUCUUUAUCGGCCUCUUCUUCUUCCCUUACAGCCCGCGUUGGCUCGCCAGCAAGGACCGCUGGGACGAGGCUAUCCAGGUUCUCGCCCACCUGCACGGCAACGGCGACGUGAACCACCCCAAGGUCCUGGCUCAGUACCAAGAGAUCGAGGAGGCUCUCCGCUUCGAGCGCGAGGAGAACAUUAGCUCUUUCAAGGGCCUUGUUGCUCCCCGCAUGUACAAGCGUGUGCUUCUUGGUAUGAGCAUUCAAAUGUGGUCCCAGCUGUGCGGCAUGAACAUCAUGAUGUACUACAUUGUCUACAUUAUGCAGGGUGCAGGCAUCGGCAACCCGCUCUUGACCGCCUCCAUUCAGUACAUCAUCAACGUCGUCAUGACUCUGCCUGCUAUUGUCUUUAUCGACAGGCUCGGCCGUCGUCCCUUGCUCGUCGGUGGAUCGUUCAUGAUGAUGACGUGGUUGUUCAUUUCUGGCGCGCUCCAGCAGUACUAUGGUCAAGCCAACACUGACGAGACGAGCAACUCUGAGAACGAGUCCGUUUCCUGGAUCGUCAAGGACCAGUACUCCGUUUCCGCCGCUAUUGUCUCUUGCUCCUACCUCUUCGUUGCAACCUUUGCAACCACCUGGGGCCCGGUAUCGUGGACCUACCCUGCCGAAAUCUUCCCUAGCAAGAUUCGUGCCAAGGCCGUCUCCCUAGCUACCAGCACCAACUGGUUCUGGAACAUGGUUCUGGCCUUCGCCGUUCCUCCCCUGUUGUGGAACAUCAACUACAAAAUGUACUACAUCUUCGCUACCUUCAACGCCCUUGCCUUCCUCCACACUGCCUUCUUUGCCCCCGAAACCAAGGGCUUCACCCUCGAGGAGAUGGAUGAUGUCUUCAACUCCGGCCUUCCAGCCUGGAAGAGCCACAAGGCCAAGUCGCGUCUCGACGACCUCGAGAAUGAGAUCGCUGCCGGAAACAUCAAGGUCGGACGCCCGGUCAACACCACCGAGACCAAACAUGACGUUGCCGAGCACGAGAAGUCUGCUGGCGUUUAA